AUUAAUUUUGGGCUACGGAGAAUAUUGAUUGUUGCUUUUUUCUCACGCGCGUCCCACUGACAGAUGCCCAUUAAGCGUCGCCUCUAUUUCGCGCGGCACGUAAUUCUAACUUACCUUCAACUUCUGCUCGCCUUGGAUCGAAGCAGAAUCAGAAAUCGCUUGGAUACAAUGAUGUCGUGAAUCUCAUCUGGCAUCUAAGUCAAGCCACUCCAGGAGCAGCCAUGAGCAUCACUCCAUCGCGGCGCGUCAGCGCUGUCAUUUUCUUUUCGUUUCUCGCGAGCAUGAUCAUCUUUUUCCACGGUACCAUCUACCAUGAGCUCUAUAAGCAUACACAUCAGCUUCAGACUACCGAGGGACAUGAACACCAGCAUUUGGUCGCUACGGAAGAGGAACGUCAGAAGCAACUCCAGGACGAAUUCGAUCGCCAGAUGAACAUUGCUCACCAACAUGGACGACCAUCGGACCCGCAUUCUGCACCAAAUGCAGGACCGGCGUCAAAACGUCCCCCUCCAGGUCCAUCGCCGCAGAACGGGGCAGACCCGGAUCACAGCGCGCCUGUAGAAUUUCCAUCCCAUUUACCACCAACUAUGGUGUCACAUGAGCACGCUGGAUCGAUAGACAUAGUCAUCGUCGAAACCACCGGCUUCCACGAUGAGGUCUCUGCAGCCCUGGUGCACGCUUUCGGAUCCCUAUCGAAUGCAAGACUGCAUCUCUACCUUGAGCGUCCACGUUAUGGUCUGCUAGAUGUUCUCAAGUCGUUCAAUCUCUCUUCGCCCAUCGUAGCUGUGAAUUCCACUUCGGAAUUCGGAGCACGUGGGCCUAAACCACAAAUAUUAGUGUCUACCACAUGUGAAGUCGAUCCGCUCCGACUGGACGCGCAGUUCAAAAGUCUCUUGGAAGAGCGGAAGACUUUUCUCUACUGCGUUGUGCACCACGCUGAUCGCUGGCAUGGUUCUGAAAACGACGUUGCCUUGCAGCCGUGGGUUCGCGAGGGCCUUGUGGACUUCAUUGCUCUUUCUGAACACACAGCCAACUACUUCCGCGAACACGCAGUUUCUGAGCCGACGCUACGAGCUAGCACAGUUCUCAAGGUUCUUCCUCCUGUGUUUCCGCUGGUUUUUCCUCAUAAAGCCAAAGCUCUUUCUGACAGCCGUCUGGAAAUCGUUGUCCAAGGCAGCUAUGAGACGACUCGCAGAGACUAUCAGGGCGUCUUCAGCACGCUGAGCGACUUGCUAGGCCAAAGGGACGACAACAGACACUUGGACAGAAAUCUCACUCUACAUCUCGUCGGGCAUGGCGAGCACCCAACAAUUCCCGAGCAGUUGAAUGAGCACGUGUUCUUUGACGAAAAGCUAAAUUACAUACCUUUCUACUCACUCAUUUCCGACUCUGCUGCGCUUCUUCCAGCCUUUGCGGGUAGCGAAUAUCUUGAUCGCCAAGCCUCCUCGUCCAUAGCGGCCUCACUCAUCGGAGGGACCCCGGUAGUCGUGGACAGAGCAAUGCUAGAUGCGUACAGCUAUCUCGACGAGGGCGCCGUUUGGGUUAGAGAAGAAGGCGAGUCUGAGAUGGAUGUUGUCACCAAGCUACUGGCCUCUACGCCUGAGCUCAUUGAGCGUCAGAAGCAUCUGGUCAGGAUCCAGUGCCGGCAGAUCGUCGCGAAGAAUAUUAAGAGCGUGUCCAGAUGGGUUGAAGUGGCCUUGCGACGGCUGUCUGUAUGAAGCAGUUCUUGCGUACGUUGAAUGGGAGAUUUGGGCUCUUUUUUUACUUUGCAAUUGGUUGAUGAAUUAGAUAUCAUGUAUAGUAACGGGCAGUGGUCGAAGUCCUUGCAUUGAAGAACAGACGUGGGCCAAUAAGUGUCUACAUUCGACUAGAUACCCAAUCAUGCAGAUUCGAAUUUCUGUAAUGUUAGUACUGCGCGAGAAGACAG